CACUUGUGCUGGUCGUGUUAAUGGUUAUUACGCAGAUCCAAUUCACUGCCAUAAAUUUCAUUAUUGCGGAACGGGUUGGCAUAGUGUGAUGGAAUGUGAUAAAGGUUUAGCAUAUUCUGCUCAAGAACAUGAUUGUGUACCUUUUGAACUUGCUAAUUGUGGUACGAAAAAAUCAACAAUAAAACAAUAA